AUGGGUCGCCUCCUCCGCCGGCUGCGAUGCCCGCGCGUGCCGAAGGUCAAGGGCAAGGCCAGGGCGCUCGUGUGCGCGUCGCUUCUCCUCGGCCUGGUCCUCGCGAUAAAGAACUACGUCGUCGAGACGCGACGAAACCGCGAGGUGCUGCCGUGGCAUCAGGGCGCGUACGAAGAUCAUCACGGCGACAUCGAGGAAGGGCGCGUCGCGAGCGGGUUCGUCGGGUACGGGCAUAAUUACCCCGCGGACGACGAGGACGGGGGCGAGCCCGUCGCGCGGUUCGACGACGACGACGACGCGAGCGGCGGCGGCGCGGGGAGGAGGAGGACGAGGAGGCGGAGGAACGCCGCGCGAAGAAGGCGAACGACGCGUCGAAGGAUGAUUUUGACGACGACGGCGGAGGAAGACGAAGACGACGAGACGGCGGCGGCGCGGGGGUCGACGCGGCGGCGUGGUUCGGUCGCGCGCGUCGCGCGAGUGCCAUUACAUCAUCAUUUAUUCCUUUCGUCCCGCGAGCGCGCCGCCGCCGCCGCCGCCGGUCUCCUCCCACGCGCGCUCGACCGCGUCCCUCCGCUCCUUGCUCCCCUGCGUCGUCAGCGGCGAUAUCCCGGCUUUCUGCUCCAGGUACCGGACGACUUCGUCGUCUCCUCCUCCUCCGCCUCCUCCUCCUCCCUUGCCGAGCGCGAGCGCGCGCGUCGAUCGGUGUCUCCCCCCGCCGCGUCCAGCCCCGAGCGACGCCGGCGGCGGCGCGGGCAUCGACGUCGCCGCGUCCGCGGCGCGUCGUUGCGCGCGGACGAGGACGUUCGCGGCGGCGGCGGCGGCGGCGGCGGCGGCGGCGGCGCGGGCGAGGCGACGCGCGACGGCGGACGACGGAGCGCGAGCGUGAGCGUCGAAGAAGAGAGAGAGCGACGACCGAUACUGUACGCCGACGAGGUCGAGGAAGGGGGACCGGGACUGGACGCGCGCUCGCGCACCUCGGACGCGCGCGGGGUGUCGACGCGCUCCGGCUUCGGCGCGAGCUUAUCGAACGUGUCCGACGUGUGCGUGGACGUCGUCCGUCGCGUCGUCCGUCGCAGAGGCGUCGCCUCGACGACGCGCGCGUUCUCCUCCGCGGUCUUCGCCGGCGUCGUCGUCGUCGUCGCGAGCGGGGACGAGAGCCGCGCGCCGUCGCGCGCGUCGCCGCCGACGCGCGGGGACGAGAACAUCGCGAGAAGCGCGCGGGCGCGAGAUCGGGGGGCGGGAGGGCGCGGCGGCGGACGCGCUCCGAGCGCGGCGGACGGCGGCGCGCGGGGGAGAGUGCGGCAGCGCGGCGCAGCGCGCGGCGAAAACACGACAGCUGGCCGCGGCUCAGGCCGCGCUUUCUUCCAGUUCGUCGGUUUUUCCUCCAGCGAAGCGAGUCCUCACACGCCGUCGCGCCGCCUCGCGCGCCCGCUCCCGCCGUGCAUGGUCACGGAGACCACGUGCGCUAAGCUCUGCACGCUGUCCUUCGCGCUCGGCGUCGCCGUCGGGUUCGCCUUCAACAACAAGCUCCGGCGGUGGUUGUCGUGA